GACAUUCGCCCGUUAACGCGUGCAACAGCUGACUAAAUCUAGAUCAAAACAAAUCCGAUAAAAAAUUUGUUGAACUCACAAAGAAAAAUUAAGUCCCUGAAAAUGUCUGAAGAAAUCCUUUUCGAUUGCCUGCAUGCGGAGAUAGUCAAUUAUUGUCUGGAUAGCAAUAAGGAGCACGACUUGGCCACUUUGGAGUAUAUCGGCUUCACCACCGGCUACCGCCUUAUCGAGCGGCUCACUCGUGAAGUUUCGCGUUUUAAGGACGAGUUGGAGACAAUGAAGUUUAUAUGCACCGACUUCUGGAUGCUCAUAUAUAAGAAGCAAGUGGACAACUUGAGGACGAACAACCACGGAAUGUACGUUGUGCAGGAUAAGGCGUUUCGCUUUCUGACUCGCAUUUCGCCGGGCACCAAGCAGCUGGAGCACGCGCCAAAGUUCGUGGCCUUCACAUGCGGACUGGUGCGAGGGGCUCUCAGCAAUCUGGGCAUCAACAGCACGGUAACGGCCGAAGUGCAAAGCAUACCCGCCUGCAAGUUUCACAUAGAAGUGAACAGGAACUAAUUAGGAUGUAAGGCAAUGGUUUAUUACUACAAUUAUAGAGAUACUACAGACUA